GAGAGGAAUAUGAUAAAACUAAGGCUUCAGAUGAAGAAAAUGUUCGAUUUGCAUCUAAAUAUUUAAGGGAGACUGUUAUAAGAAUGUUGAUCAUAGAAUUUACCACAUUAGCAGUAUCUCCUGUUGAUGGUACAUCGCUAACGGCAACAAUGCAUCGACGAGGAAUUAAUAUGCGAUAUUUAGGAAUUAUUGCCAAUAUUGUUAAUGAAUUAGAGGACCACAAAUUGGAUCACAUAAAA